GACUAGAGCAUCACAGCAGACGCAGCUCGUUAAAGAUGCUCUCCCGCUCUGCCUCCCUUCGCCAGCCUCUUCGCUUCCUUACUCUCACUGCUGUAGCUUCCUUCCGCCCUCGCUGCAUCCCCUCUCCGCCUCUGCCUCCGCCUCUGUUCCCUCCGUCCAAUUCUGCUUUCUUUCAAUACUCUAAGGCAUUCUCUAGCGGGCGUCGCGACGACGGCGGCGACUGGAAAUUAACCCCCGAGGAGGACGAGGGCGGUUUCGUUUUCCCGGACGAGGGCGACCUUGCAGGGAUUUCUGAUGACGCCCCGGGACCCUCUGGAACCGAGGCGAUCAACGAUGGAGCCGGAAUCACGGAUCAGUGGGGAAAGGGCUCCAGGACAGUUGAUAAAGGGGAUAUUUUUGAUGGCCUCGAUGGAGAGACUCUGGCUAACGAGGACGGGCUUGGAGGAUUAGGCGUGGAGGAAUGGGAGACUGCUGAGGGAUACAAGCCAUGGUCAUUGGUCGACGAUGAUGAAAAAUCGAGCCUGUUCAACGAUGGCGAUGGAGGGAUUGUCGAUGGUGGCGUAGUGGAUUUAGAAAAGUCGAGCGAUGAGCAAAAGCAACAACUUGAGAAGCGAGAGAAAGAGCUAUUAGAUAUUCUGGAAGGUCCAAGACAUGCAUUUGGAGAUCUCACUGAAGCAUCAGGGAUCACAGAUGAUAUGAUUGAUAGUUUGAUUAUAUUGAAGGAUGUAACGGGUGUUCCAGGGUUGCCUCCUCUUAAGGAAAUACAAGAGGAAGCAAUUGCAAAGAUGAAUGCAACAUCAACAAGAACUGAAAUUGAGCGUAAGAAACAAGAGGAGAUUGCAAAAUCUAGAGUUCGUCAGGUGGAUGAAAAGGGUAGAGCAUAUGGAACAGGGAGAAGGAAAUGCAGCGUAGCUCGUGUAUGGAUUAAACCUGGUGAUGGGUCGUUCAUUGUAAAUGACAAGCAGUUUGAUGUUUAUUUUCCCAUUCUUGAUCACCGAGCAGAACUUCUCAGACCUUUCACUGUCACAAAAACUCUCGGUCUCUGGGACGUAAAUUGCACUGUCAAAGGAGGCGGGGUUUCUGGUCAAGUUGGAGCCAUCCGCUUGGGAAUCAGCAGAGCAUUGCAAUGUUGGGAACCAGGCCUUCGACCUUACCUAAAAGCUGCUGGUUAUUUAACACGUGAUCCACGCGUAGUUGAACGAAAGAAGCCUGGUAAAGCUAAAGCAAGGAAGAGCUUUCAAUGGGUUAAACGGUAGAAGCUACUGUUUGUUUUCCAACUGUUUUAAAUGGGUACACGAUCCUGCUAUUUAUUUCAGACUAGUGUUAAUCUGGAGAUGCACCCUCCCAUUAGCAGGAUUCUUUUUAGCCAACAUUCAUCAUCUACCGAAUUCCUUGGUUUCUUAUUUCUGUUUUGCUGUUCAAAUGACGACGACCUAUGUGAUGUGGCUCGGUUCACCCGCACCUCGUCCAUGCUUCUACAGCUUGCAAUGCACCAUAAACUUGUAGUGAUUAGGUAAAGCAAUGUUUUUUUUUGCUCCAACGUUCUCUUCAAUUUUCUGGUCUUUGUUUAAGCAUUCUGUACACAUGCUUGCUUGUAUUAGAAUCUCAUUGGGGCCUCACUUAACAAUAAAUUAUUAAGCGAACC